AUGAGCAUGGAAGCUGUGUCCUUGCUGGUGCUGGGCUGCCGGCUGCAGCUCCCGGGGGAGCCGGGUACCACCCGGGCCUGGAGACAUGAGGAGGCAGGGGCUCGGGAGGCGGGGGACCGGCUGGCCAGCCUCCCUCUAGAGAGCCAUUCGCUGGUUGCAGGGAGUCCCCUGCCCAUCGUGGGCCCGUGGAGCCCAGCCGGAGCCCAGCCGGAGCCCAGCCGCUGGGAGCGCCUGUCGCCGCAGGAGGAUGCCCGAGCGCGGGGCGGCCCCUCACUAGGGCGGCGGCGGGAGGAGCCGGGUUCCUUCCCACAUGGAAACACUGCCCUUCACCCCUGCAUCGAAGGCUGGCUCAUCCCUUUUGGAGGCCUGGCUGGGAAACAGCUGCUGGCUGGACACCCCCCCAAAGUCAUUUUCUCCAUGGUUGAUGAGAUGAUGGGCUCCUUCCAGACAGGGGUCCCUACCCACUCACCCAAUGGGCUCCCCAAUACCCUCAGCAGACUAGCAUGCUUGUCCUGGCAGAGAGCGUACUGCGGCCAAUGCAGUGAGAGGAUAUGGGGCCUCGCCAGGCAGGGCUACAGGUGCAUCAACUGCAAGCUGCUGGUGCAUAAACGCUGCCACGUGCUCGUCCCGCUGACCUGCAGAAGGCAUAUGGAUUCUGUCAUGCCUUCCCAGGAACCUCCAGUAGAUGACAAGAAUGACGGCGUGGACCUGGCCUCCGAGGAGACCGAUGGAAUCGCUUUUAUUUCUUCAUCCCGGAAACAUGACAUUAAAGAUGAUUCUGAGGACCUCAAGCCAGUCAUUGAGGGGAUGGAUGGCAUCAAGAUCUCCCAGGGGCUCGGGCUGCAGGACUUUGACCUCAUCAGGGUCAUUGGGCGUGGCAGCUACGCCAAGGUCCUGCUGGUGCGGCUCAAGAAGAACGACCAGAUCUACGCCAUGAAGGUGGUGAAGAAGGAACUGGUUCAUGAUGAUGAGGACAUAGACUGGGUGCAGACGGAGAAGCAUGUGUUUGAGCAGGCAUCCAGCAACCCCUUCCUGGUUGGCUUGCACUCCUGCUUCCAGACCACCAGCCGGCUGUUCCUGGUGAUCGAGUAUGUCAAUGGUGGUGACCUCAUGUUCCACAUGCAGAAGCAGAGGAAACUCCCAGAGGAGCACGCCAGGUUCUAUGCAGCUGAGAUUUGCAUUGCCCUCAACUUCUUACAUGAGAGAGGGAUCAUCUACCGGGACCUGAAGCUGGACAACGUCCUGCUGGAUGCUGACGGCCACAUCAAGCUGACAGACUAUGGCAUGUGCAAGGAAGGCCUGGGCCCUGGUGACACAACCAGCACUUUCUGCGGAACCCCGAAUUACAUCGCCCCCGAAAUCUUGAGGGGAGAAGAGUAUGGGUUCAGUGUGGACUGGUGGGCACUAGGUGUGCUGAUGUUUGAGAUGAUGGCUGGGCGCUCCCCCUUCGACAUCAUCACUGACAACCCAGACAUGAACACAGAGGACUACCUAUUCCAAGUCAUCCUGGAGAAACCCAUCCGGAUCCCCCGAUUCCUGUCUGUUAAAGCUUCACACGUGCUGAAAGGAUUCCUAAACAAGGACCCCAAAGAGAGGCUCGGCUGCCGGCCACAGACUGGAUUCUCUGACAUCAAGUCUCAUGCCUUCUUCCGAAGCAUAGACUGGGACCUGCUGGAGAAGAAGCAGGCCCUCCCACCCUUCCAGCCGCAGAUCACGGACGACUACGGGUUGGACAACUUCGACACACAGUUCACCAGCGAGCCUGUGCAGCUCACCCCCGAUGAUGAGGACGUCAUCAAGAGGAUCGACCAGUCUGAGUUUGAAGGCUUUGAGUACAUCAAUCCGCUCCUGCUGUCCACCGAGGAGUCAGUGUGAGCAUCCUGUCUCUGCAGCUGACCCCUGAACUCUGUCCCAACCACAGCACAUGCAUGCGAGGCCAGCGCCUGGCUCCAGCGUGGCCAGGGAGGCCUGAGCCGGACCACCCCAUCCUGGACCCUGGGCCACUGCCUGCCUGAGGAGCAAGUGCCUGAGUCUGCGGUGUUGGGGGCUUCAGGCCAUGUGUCCCCAGGAGAAACUGUCCCAGGACCUUGAAGGUGCACACUCUCCACAGACACUGAACUGACUGGCUCCACUGGAGUUAGUUGUAAUGUCCUGGGGAAUAAAAACUACCGAUGACGUGAGGCUG